CACGGACACGGGGACACGGACACGGGGACAGGGCAUGACGAGGAGGACGUGAAGUCCAUGAGCACAGAGUUACGACAGACAGAAAUACAAACAUCACACUGGGGACUGCAGCAGUCAUGGAUCUAUUCAAGCAACAGAAAGUGGAAGAUUUCUAUGAAAUUGGUGAAGAGCUUGGCAGUGGGCAGUUUGCCAUUGUGAAGCAAUGUCGAGAGAAAACUACAGGUUUGGAAUUUGCUGCCAAGUUUAUCAAAAAACGGCAGAGCAUGGCGAGCUCUCGUGGAGUCCGGCGAGACGAAAUAGAGCGAGAGGUAAACAUCCUCCAGCAGAUUCAGCACCCCAACAUCGUCAUGCUGCACGACGUUUAUGAGAACCGCACUGAUGUGGUGCUCAUCCUGGAGCUCGUUUCAGACAUGUACCUGGUGCUCUCCUGGAAGAAGCAUGGCUCCGUACGGUUUGAACUAGGAUGGGUGUGGGAUAAGUUAGAGAUCAAACCUGAAAACAUAAUGCUUUUGGAUAAGAACACACCCCUGCCUAGAAUAAAACUGAUUGAUUUUGGUCUUGCCCAUAAGAUUGAAGCUGGAGUUGAGUUCAAGAACAUCUUUGGAACUCCCGAGUUUGUAGCUCCAGAGAUUGUCAACUAUGAGCCCCUUGGAUUGGAAGCAGACAUGUGGAGCAUUGGUGUCAUCACUUACAUCCUGCUGAGCGGUGCCUCUCCUUUCCUGGGCGACACAAAACAGGACACGCUGGGGAACAUUUCAGCCAUAAAUUAUGAGUUUGAUGAAGAGUUCUUCUGUCACACCAGUAAGCGGGCCAAGAGCUUCAUCAGCCAGCUACUCGAGAAGGAUAAGAAGAAAAGAUUAACAAUUCAAGAUGCCCUCAAUCACCCAUGGAUCAAGUCCAAUGAGAACAAGGAAGAAAAUAAAGCCAGGGGGCCAAAGAAAAGUGAGCGGCGCCAGUUGAAGACCAAGCGCCUGAGGGAGUACACUAUCAAGUCCCACUCGAGCAUGCCACCCAACAACACCUACGUGAACUUUGAGCGCUUCGCCCAGGUCGUGGAGGACAUUGACCAGAUGGAGAGCUCGUUCGUUAGCCUGAUGCUCUGCAGAGAGGGCAGCGGAGUCCUGAUGAUCUUCUCCGCAGUUGUUAUCACUCUCUGCAGGCGUUUGCGGUCCAUAGCAGCUGGUCAGCUGACCUCGUUCGUGGAGCACAUGCUGUUGCUGAACCUAGACCUGACCAACUGCAGCAACCCCAGAUCAUAG